AUGGUUGACACUGAGCCCAAACGACCUUUGACGUCUGGAGUUGCUGAUGAUAUCGGUGCCAGCUUUGGAGUUCCAGGAGACAAUCGCCCACAUGCCCAGCGGGAGCAAAUUAGCCUCGAAGAAGGAGGUGGUGGAUAUCAGAGAGACGAUCAUGAGUACAGGAGUCGACAUGGCGGUGGUGGGGGAGAGUAUGAGGGGGGCGAGGGCGGUCGUAUGAGACAAAAGGAGGACGAUCCACUUGGCAAUGCGGCCAUGACCCUUACAGCAUUAUCUUCUGGCGUAAGGGAUCUUGAGAGGAGUGCUAGUCGGUCAGGAUUUCAGGGUUUCUCUGGACAGCAGACUGGGGCGACUGAGCGUGGGGCAGAGAGAUCUCAAACAGAGAGAGGGGGAGAGAGCAUGACGCCAUCUUACUCGGAAAGACCCCUGCGUGAUUCACAGGAAACGUUUGCGGAUGCGACAAUACGUGCAGGAGGGGGCCAACGACAGCAGCACCAGCAACAGCAGGAGCAGCAGCAACGGCAACAGAGCGCUAUGCAACCGUUAGCAUUGCCUUUGCCUCUCUCAGCGGCGAUUACUCCAUCGUCAUCCUCCUCUGCUCUCAACAUAUCAACCCUAACAGCAUCUGAAUCAACGUCGCCCAUUUCCGCACAAGAGGAGGUAGUCUCACGGGAUACCCCAAUUACUCCUCAAGGACAACACACUCUGCGCGCGCCAGGAGGACGAAUGCAAUCCCUCUCGCACAUGUUGAAGGAUCGACUCUCUUUGGUGCCGUUCAGAGCAGAACAAGGAUGGGAUAGAGUCGAUGUGGACAUGUCUGAGCCGAGGAUUACCAGGGAAGAGUUCAGGGAGCCAGCGAGACGUGACGACCUUCAACAUUAUCACGAUUAUCAUGAAAGGCUUUCGCCCUCUCACCAAGAUGAACUUUCGGCCCAUCCCAGUCGACUCUUGAGAGACCGACCAAAGACACCCUCGGCAAGCCUUCUACAAGGACAAGACAGGUCGAUGGGGCGACAGCAAUGGGAGCUCUCACACGAUAGUCGAUCCCAGCAACAUCAGCGGGACUUCCAACAGCGUCUACAGCUGCCCCCCCAGCAGCAGCAACAACAACAACAAAUGCAGCAACCACACCAUCGCACACUGUCAUCUAGUUCAAUACGGGAUGACAAAGGCCCCUUUCACUGGAUGACCCAGAUACCGCUGUCGCCUAUUAUGGACCCGAUCGUUGUCAAGCCCAAGCGCAAGUACACCAAAAAGUCGUCGCUCCUCCCUCAGGCCAGAGCAGAGACCCACGGCCAGGUCGACUUGCAGACAAGGCAGGAGAAUAACGAGUUGCUCUACUCGGACCGUGGACUAAUUCUCAAGACCCAGAUCCCAAAGAAAGGAAGGCCCAUCUCUAAACACUCAACAACCUCCUCCCAGAGUACGCCGAAUUUAACAUCCCUUGGCAUCCUCCCAGCUAGCCACCAUUACUUCUCCAAGGCUGGAACACCCUCUUCGUCGUCUUCGUCUGCGAUGUCUAGCUUGGUCGCCGCUGCUGCUGGCCGAUCCCCCUCCGACUCUACCUUGAGCACUCAUAGCUCUUCGUCUCAGGGGGCACACCCGUCUGUUGUGUCCGAUCAGCGAGGUCCAGUGAUUUCUCCGACUGGUCGUCGUCCUGGUCGGCCCCCUUCUAACCCAUCAUUACCUCGUCAUGCACACUCCCAGUCAUAUUCCAGUGGGCCAUCCAUUUCAUUUCCUCCACCUCACUCUGGACAAGCCCGACCCCUUGCAAGUCCAACAGCCCACGAGUUUGACCUACAUUUUACACGAUACAAAGACCCACAAACCCCACAGGAGUUGGAUGAUAAUCGCUUCUCAGCAUAUGAGGAUCGGUCUCCCACACUCUCUAUAGCGACCACCGCUUCUUCGCAACCGUCGUUCCGUCAUCACCAGCUACCUGAAUACCAAGUCCCAACAUCUCGCCGCCGGUACGUGUCAUCGCCAAUCGACCAGGUGUUCUCUGGAGAGAAUUUGGAGCAUCGGAAUGUGGAGGGUGAUCCUCGGUAUCCUGAGCAAUGGCGCAUGACGGUCGAUGCACCUUCAGCCAUGCCUCCUCGGUCGUUUGCGGAGGGAGUUACAGCACAGAUGAAUACUCUGAAGCGGAGCAGCUCUGGGAUGCAGAAGAGUCUCUCCAUGGAUGGUCACCAUAGCCGAUCAAUCGAGAACAGGAGGAUGACUGUUGGUGGUAGUGGUGUCGGCGGCGGAGGGCGUGGGACGAUGGGCUAUGGCACGGAUGGACAGUUUGAAGAUGUUAAUGAAGAAACUGGCAGUAAUUUUUUUGACGAAGAGUUUGAUGAUUCUGCGGCCGACGCGCGGUCCAAGAAACGGACCUCUGGAUCCGAUCUGGAUUACUCGGGAGUCGAUGGUAUUGGCAUUGGCAGAGUUGGUAAUGCCGAUGGUGGUAGUGUUCGAAGAAGUGUCAACCAAAAAGGUGGCAACAAGACAUGGCAUGGGAUUACUUUGGGAUCGGAACGACGACGACCACGAUCGCUAGUGCUGCCUCGUGGUCGCGGAGAACCUGCGUUGCCUUGGACGAACAUGCUUGAUUCAGGGUUAGGGUCAGGAUCGAGGUCAGGUUCUGGGUCCAUGGUGGGAGUGCUACCUGGUCAGCGGCAUUUGGAGAUAGACGACGACGAGAUUGAUUAUCAUGAGAUGAUGAUCCUCACCCCCGCCAUUGCACCCGGUCCACCAUCACCUCCACCGCCUGCUGCACUGCCAAGUUCGAGUAACUCGUUGAUGAUACUCGGCGGUACAAGAGGAAAGGGUCGUGGCGGUCGUUCGAUGCAUAGUCAUGCACAGUCACUUGAUAUCAGCUCCUUCUCCGCGCCCUCUCACCAUGGACAUCGGCCACUAUCGCCAUCUAAACUCGACCAUCCUUCUCGGCACGAUAUGUACUCUACUAAGGAGCUGCUUCCUGAACAACAGCGUGCGUUGACGUCCGGCCGUCGUCUCUAUGCGUCCUCGUCGAGGAGUGAUCAAGGGAUUUUUAACAUGGAUACCCGAGGAAUCCCUUCAAGCACCGACCACCGCGGAUACAACCACCUUGACACCACACCACCACCACCCAUCGCCACCAGAGCCGAUAUCCUGGCGCGAGAGAUGAUGUCUGGAACACACUCAAUUCCCUCCGGAGGUAGUAGCGGUCGUGGCAGGGGUCAAAGAGGGUCAUCGCACGGACAUAACCAUUUGAAGGCAGCGGUGGUCAAGAGAUCAACGUCCAGGCGUGGGCCGGGUCCUCAUCUCAAGAAACAUCAGAUCUUGCAGCAGCAGUUGUACCAGAUCCAGCGAGAUCAGGAAGAGAUGGACUUGCAGAUGGCCUUGCAGCUUCAACAGCGGCAGAUGCAGCAACAGCAGCAGUUGGAGCAAGAGCAGGAGCAGGAGCGGCAGGGGUCAGAACAACAGAGGAAGUUGAAGCAGCAGAAGCAGCAGCAACAACAGCGAAGGUCGCUAUAUUCUCAGCGGCACCAGCAUUCUCAGAGUUUGCAGUUACAGCAUGAGUUUUCUUCGCCCGAGCUUAACCUUCAGCAACAGCAGCAAGAGCAGCAGGUACAGCCUCGGCCAGGACGCCCGACCAAGCAGAGGGUCCUCCUUCGUUCUGAAAGUGCAAUGGCCAUUCUGCAUGUCAUCGCGAUAGCCAAGGGUACCCCCCACACCCUCAACCCUACCAACCUCACCACCACCACCAACAGCAGCAGCAGAGCAACCACCACAACCACCAACAGCAUCAGCAGAGCAACCACCACAACCAUCAUCACCACCCAUACCAACGCCCUUCUCACCACAGCGUCAACACAAGCAGCAACAGCAGUAUCGCAUCCCUCCACCAAGAUACCCUUAACCCCGACAGCAGUAUCACCACCCUCAGCAAACGCUCUUCCCAUCCUCCAGGAGCCAUCACCAUCAGCAUCGACAUUCGAGUUCUUUGCCGUCGCUAAAUUACUACUACCAGAGUAG